CUUUUUGAAUCGCCUCUUUCUUCUUUUGUUUCCGUGACAAGUGGAUGAAGCGAGAGAAACUCGAAGCCCAACAUACAUCAUCUUUUCUUCCUUACAUUAGCUCUUCGGCUUAGGGGAGAUUGUCUACAGCGGUAGCAAGUGGCGAUGAGUUCCAUCAGACUUUGUUGACCUACAUGCAUGACAGAGUAUGGGAUUUUAAUUUCUACGUAGCUAAUAACUGGCCCGAGGACGCGAUCUGCUUACAUUUCCCCGGAAUGACAUUAUCUCCUCAUGGUUUGCUGUUCGAGAGCGUGGGCGUCUUUUGUCCUAACGACCGACUGGAACUACUCACAUUAUUGAGGAACGAAGAUGUUUUGAUCGAUUGGUCGAAGCCUUUGUACAUUAACUUCAUACACUAUGCCUUAGCGGAAAAGUUGACACAUCUUUACGAGGGGAUAGGAACUAUAGAGAGGGUGGCUGGAGAUGUCUACAUGUGCGCGGACCCGAACAACCUAAACUGCGUGGAGGAAGCAGACGAGGACGCAGAUCCUGACAUACAAGUUCAACCGCUGAAAGCAGAACACGCCGAAGGAAUUUAUGAACUGUAUCCUGCUAACGAUAUGGAGUGUCAUGAAGUCUUCCUGCGGCUAAUCAGAAUCCUUCCAGCAGCAGGAGUCUUUGUUAAGGGAAGUUUAGCAGCGUGGAUGGUCCAGUCUUACUAUGGAGCCAUGUUCUCCAUGCAGACCAAGCCAGAAUACAGACGGAAGGGCUACGGUACAAAAUUAGCAAGGUACUUGACCAAAAAAGUCGUCGACAAGGGGUACCAGCCGUUCGUUGUGAUACGUCCUGAAAAUGACGCGAGUCAGAGUUUGUACAAGAAAUUAGGAUUUAAGAGGCUGUACCAAACCGUACGGAUGUCGUUCAUGCCGUCAACGUGGCAGGACGAAGAAACGAAGAUGAACCGAGUCUUACGAGAGAACUUGGAGAACGCCGUCAGACAGCUAACCAUCGAGCAGAAAGUUGCGGACGCGUUCAGAAAUGAAGAAAUGAUUUCCAUUACGGAAGAAACCAUAGAAGGCAAGGAACAGAUGUCGGAAUGUCUGAACGAAACAGGGAAUUUGUUGGUGGAGGAACCCGAGGAAGGAUCCGAAGAGGACGAAAAUCCUUUGGGAGAGGAGACAGAAGAAAGAAUAAUAGUGACCGAACUUUCGGUCGAAGGAAACGUCGAAGUAGAAUCUGCUGAUAAUACCGCAGAAACUGCGAAUGGUAGCAAUCAAGACGAUGGGGGAACAAAUACUGGGGACGCGGAGUAAUUAAGUACUUACAUGUUCGAUUAUUCGAUAAAAGGUCCAUGAUUUACGUCGAGUUGCUCGCUCGAGUGUACGCUUUUCCUUUCAAGGCUAACGGAGGAAAGAGAGCGAUUGGUAUACUAGCGAAUUUUCCAGCCAAAAAUUCUAACAUUCAAUUUAUACAUAUAAAAAGCUGACUUGGAAAUGCACUUUAAAUAAGCUACAGUUCUUUAACAAAAUUUUUCUUAAUGCUUUUGCAAGCAAACUGAAUCAAAGCAGCAACAAUUGAAAGUAUUAGUUGUGAUAUGCUUUUAGACUAUUUAUUCAUUGAUAGGUAUGUUCUAAAGCGGUAGCCUUUUGUGAGGGAGAGCUCUCGAGCGACAUGACACUAGGAAAGAGAAAAGAAAUUAUUUUAAGAAAUUUAACGAUUUUACGGCACCGCGUUCGUGCGAGGCUUCAAUUCGAGUACGAAAGUGCGUAGAUACGAGAUUUACGUACGGGUUCCUCAUAUCAGACUGCUUGAAGUAUGUCGUAAAGAUCUCAGGAAACAGUUAGAUGUAUCCUUUGAAUCGCCAAGUUUAGAUUGUUUCAAAGUCUAUCUGUACCUGUUGUAUUUGGUGGAUUCAUUGUUUCAGAUGUUUGGCCUUAAAUAUUUUAACAAUUUGUGAGUACAUCUGUGUGGAGUGUAUUUGGAAGUUUACCUGAAAUUAAUCGUUCGUUUAAUCGUCUUUUCAGGCUAAUGGCAAUUACAACUGAUAAUUCUUGACGAAAUAAUGCUUACGUGUUCUUAUCGAGUAGUCUGUGAGUUAUAUAAUAAUUAAUUAAACAUAAUUAACAUGAAUAUUUAAUGAGUAUCGAAAGAAGAAAACUGAAUGCGAUCGACAAGCAAAGACACGAAGAACCUUUAGCGACCAAAAACUAUGAUAGACUUUGAAUUAUGAAUUGCAUAUAUACGUAUCUAAACGAUGAAUCCUAUAAAUGGACAAAAAGAAACGAACGCGAUGAAUCGUCGUGGAACGCGCGACCGCUUAGAAAUUUACGCGCUAAAUCAAUCUGUGAUUAUAAUUUCCCUAUAUAAAGUAGCGUUUCGAACAAAAAUUCAGAAGCCUCGUGCGACCUCGACACGCUUUCCUUAAUACAAGUAGAAGCCAAUUACUGUACCGGUGCGCUCGACCGUAUUAAAUUUCAGGUACGUUGAAUUAUGGGAUAACAACAUUGACUCGACAAGAUUGAAACCAGGUAGUGAAAGAUAUUUCGUUCGAAAACUUAUCUACGAGCUUCUAACGCAGCCUGCAUGCGACGCUAUGGCGUCAUUUCGAAAGAGUAACUAAUGCCUAAUGUUAAGGCUCUGUUUCACAAUCUGAAGAAAUUAUUAUAAUAUUUUUUUAUUCAAUACAGAAUAAAUUCUAUAAAUACAAGAAGUAAAUUCGAAGUAAGACCUGUGAGUAUAGUGCACCGGCACAGCGAUCGGUUUAGCGUGCGAGCCAAUGAUAAUAAUAAUAAUAAAAAUAGUUAAUAGCGAUCAUACAAUUAAUAUUACUAUUAGUUACAGAAUAUACAUGUAUAAUAUGAAUAUACGCGCAAAAAGGAAGCCCGAUCAGCCCGGUUCGCUUACUGAGAAAAUCCUUUUUUAGAAUUUAGAUCGUUACUAUUUGUAUCAUUUUUUCUAUAUUUUACAGAUACGUUUUAUCAAUGAUACUCGACGUGGCAAACACGUGUGAAAGAACAGGUUUAAGAAGGUCGGUGCUGGGACGACCGGGCAGUUCCUCGAAGGCCCUCAAUGUCCCUCCUUUAUUUUGGAUUUUCGACGUUUCCGGGGGCCAGCUGUGAUAUUUUCCUCACUCCACUUAUGCUCUGGUUACAGUACCGACAAAUUUAGAUUUAGACAAUUGAUUGUUAAUGGAACAUGCUGGGACUCCUUCAAUUCCAUUGAUAUUUUGUCACCGACGUGCUUAAAAUAGCGAAUAAAUUUGUUAUUUCGUAUUGUUUCAGUUAUUGACUCUUAGAGGACCAAGAAAACCAAUAUAUUGGCAACAGUGGCGUAAAACGUAACUCUCAAAAUUAUAGUGUCUUCAAAUUCACCUAAAAAUUAUUAUAACGUAUGAAAAAUUAGUGUCCUCUGAGUGUAAAACAUUUUACAACAAAAAUAUGUCACGUACGUUACCUUGACCACGUUAAGAAAAAAGAUAAUAUAAUUCAUAUCCUAACUCCAGUUUAGAUAAUUACGAGCAUAAAACUGGAUAUAAAAUUGAUAAAUGAUUGGUCGUUUAAACGUACGCGAUAAUGUACAUGUUUAAUAUCUGGAAAGAAUUCUGUGUACCUCCCUAUAUUGCUUAAACAGCUAAGCUUGUCAAGUUCGUUUUGCCAGUUUGAGUUGCAACGUUAAUCAUAACCUGAUCCACAAACGGUCGCAAUUUCGAAUACUUUCUUACACUAUGCACAAGCUCGAAUAAAAUUCGUAAAUACGAUUAAAGAUGUGUAGAACGGUUAUUACGAGAGAUAUGAAUUUUCGAAUCGAAUAACACAGAACGAAAAGGGCACUGAAUUUUGAAGUCCAAUUAGUCCAAGAUAAUCUCAACUUCGAAAGAUUUGCAUACGUGACUUUGGGCACAAGAGAAAAAUCAUCGUAGUUCCUACAUCUAUAACUAGAUAGCGAAGGUGGUUAGUGGCGCUAUCGUCAGAACAGUUUUCCCUCCAAUUUUAAGUUUGGCUGCGCAGUGCAAUUUUCGAUUCGGUUCGUUGACCGCGCCAUGUCAAUUAUAAUUCCGAGUGUGAUAAAAGUGCUAUUUCUUCCGUCAUACGAUCACUAAUUAGUGCUAGAACAUCGGUAAGAUUCUGUUCUUUCUCAAAGACAUAUUUAAAGAAGCGUGAUAACGUAUAAAUAUUGGAUAGAUGUAUGAUCAUACAAUUUUUACAGACAGAGAACCCAUCUCGAUUCGAAACCCGGUUAACGGAUGAAUUAGCGGAUCUAUUUCUCAGCUCCAUCGUAUUGCCAUUUGUUCAGUCAUAUCAAACAAUGUUUAUAAAUUAAGGUAAAAAUUCACGUAAUAUAGUUUUGAUAGUCAUUGAUCGGCCUGGCGGAAAAGGAUUUCCAGCAAUUAAUGACGUGUGUAUAAUUCGCACAAACUGAUUUCUCGUAAUGGCCGUACGCCAUGUAAUUCCGUUGCACAAGUUUCAACCAAUUAAUUGCAAAUCAUUAUUUCCAAAUACUUGCUAAAACAAGUAAGAAAUAAUAACAAAUAAAUUUUGGAAACUAAUUUUUUAGACUAAUAAAAAAUGCAUUUGACUUUGUAUUUAAAUUUUUUAUCUUUUUUUAUCUAGUCAAAAAAUUUGAUUUCGUAGCUCCAUGCAUUAUUGAUUACAGUUCCGAACACAUUUCUUUUUGUUUGUAUUUUUUGCUAUAAUUUAAGAAAAUAAUUCAUUCUCAUUUACAUUCAUUUAAUCUAUUUUUAAAUGAUGUCACGUUUUUAUGAAACAAUUGCGACGGAAGGACAUGAAAGAUGUCUGAAUAGAAAAUUAGGAAAGAAAAGAGCAACAACGAAAUAAUCACUGUAAUUAAAUCUAUACACGCAUGUACCUAUUAGUUUGCUAAUCGUAGCACCGUGCAAAUCAAUGUUUCGCGAAAUAGGCCUAAAAUCCGUCUAUCGACAUCUAAACAUGUUUCUUCAACAUAUAUUGUAAGUAUAUACAUAUACAUAUAUAUACAUUAAUAUAUGCAUAUAUAUCUGUAUGUGUAUAUACAUAUAUACAUAUAUAUGUAUAUAUGUGUAUGUAUAUAUAUUAUGUAUAGGAAUAUAUAUGACAUAUAUAUUCUUAUAUAUUUCCUCGUGCACGUUGCCUUCCGCUACAACAAAAUCUUUAUCUGGAGCAACCACUUAAAUUUCUGUCAUAUAAUAUAUGAAAGUUAUACAAAAACUGUUAAAUAAAUAAAAAGGGAAUUAUAUCGCGAAUGCAAAAUUAUCGGGUCUAUUCAUUAUACGGAACGAGAAAACGAAGUUAACCUAUAAAGCGUAAUGCAGGGGAAUGUAGCAUGUCUAUCACAAAGGCAGACAUUGAUUUUUGUAAUUUGUGUGUUCGAUAAAGGCAAGUAUUUUCAACGCGUGAGAUUUUUUAUGAAAAUUGGACAUUGGAAAUGAGCUUUGGAUAAUAAAUGGAAUAAAUAAAUAUGA